CGUUGACCUCCGGCAUCGCGAAUCACUUCUGUAACUGAACUCAUAUCCUGUCAUUACCACAGCCUGCAGUCAGAAACUACAAACGCUUCACAAUGUCUUCCACGCCAUCUCAACCACCACCGGCCACCGGCACCUCUGCGCAAUCAGACCCCGCCACCUUCGCUCACAUCGAGAACUACAUCUCAACCCGCUGCAACGCAUCCCCAAUCUACGCCUUCCUCUUUAACCCUGGCCUGAAGCUCACUCACGCCUCCAAGGGACUCAUCAUCGCACGCCUACCUAUCACCGCGAACCACUUGAACUCGUCAGGCAGCAUCCACGGCAGCGUCUCGGCUACCAUUGUGGACUGGGCUGGCGGCUUGGCGAUCGCGGCAUGGGACCUCCGUGAGGCAACGGGUGUGAGCGUCGAUAUCAACAUCAGCUACCUCUCAGGAGCCAAGUUGGGAGACGAAAUUGAGAUUGAGGGCAAAAUUGAGAAGGUCGGAGGUAGCUUGGCGUUCACCCACGUCAACAUCUACAAGGUCAACCCAGCCGACGGGACCAGGGGCGCUACGGUGGCAAACGGAAGGCACACCAAGUUUGUGAGAAGUCGAUAAACACUCAUGAGAAUUGAAAGGAUUGCGACUAGUGCUUGGAGACUGGGUACGUUACCCAGGCCCAGGGUACCAAGCGGGCCAUCAUCACAAGGCGGGCUCAUGGCUGCUACUGCUGCGGCCGUUGAUGAUCGAGCUGGAUCGAUAUUGGCUGGCGCAAUGAACUAGAUGAAUAACUAAUAGAAAGAUAGAUAUAAGAAUGGCAAGGUUCGUGAUAGCUGCCUAAACAAAGUCAGUAUCUGAAUCCGCUGUUCGGCGUGCCGCGGUUGAAGUUCACGAAUCACCAGUGGGCAGAUCCCGGAGUUGACUCCUUCUCGUCGGUAUGUCAUCAGCUCAGCUGGCCGUUGAGAUAUGACAUAUUUACGGCCGUUAUUGCGGGAACCAGGAUCGUCACAUGUUGAGGCCAAAGACGUCUGGUUAGGCUAAUGUCCAUCUACUGGCUCACGCUCAAUAGAAUCGUAUUGGACACAACUCUGGCCCCACACCGUUCGGACUCUGAUUUUGUUGUCUGUAGGAAAGUCGACAUGGGGGGCAAGAAUUUGCCAGCGUGGAAUUAACG